AUGGUUUCACUUGAUGAUAUUGAUAGUCAAAUCAAUAUCAAUCAAGUUGAUUGUGUUAAUGAUUAUGUUGAGACUGUUGCUGAGACUGUUGGAUUGAAUGUGCCAGUUAUAGGAAUGUUGUUUGAAUCGGUUGAUAAGAUGUUUAAAUUUUACAAGGAAUAUGGUCAAGUAAAUGGGUUUUCAGUCAAGAGGAGGUCAUUAACGAAGGAUGUGAAUGGUGAUUACAUAUAUCUGAUAUUUUCAUGCAAGAGAUCGGAUAAAUUUGUAUCAUGUUCGAAGAAUUCAGUUAAUCAUCAUGGUUAUAGUAAGAAUGAGUGUGAUAAAUGUUCAAAUCGGAUCUUAAAUAUCACAUCAGAGUGCAAGGCGAGGCUUGUUGGUAGAGUUUCUGUUGAUGGGAAAUGGAAGAUUACAUUGUUUGAAGAUGUCCACAACCAUGAUCUAAGUCCUAGUCAUUCUAGAUUCUUCGCGUGCAACAGAGAAAUAAAUCCGUGUGUGAAAAGACAACUAGAGAUUAGUGAUAUUGCUAGAAUUCGAUCGAACAAGAGUUCAAUUCAUUUGUCAUUGGUGCCAACGGUCAUGAUAAUAUUCAAUUUCUGGAGAGAGAUACUAGAAACCUUCUUGCUAGGACUAGGCAUUUAUGCCUUGGUAAAGGAUCCACGCAACACGGCAGCUUAUCAUGAAUUUGGUGAUGUCGUUACGUUCGAUACGACAUACCUAACUAAUAAGUAUGACAUGCCAUUUGCCCCGUUUAUUGAUGUCAAUCACCAUAGGCAUUCAAUACUUCUUGGUUGUGGUUUGAUCUCUAGUGAGGACACUGAAACAUUCGUUUGGUUAUUUAGGACAUGGUUAGCGUGCAUGGGUGAUAUUGCUCCUCAUGGUAUAAUCACUGACCAGGUUAGGGCAAUGAAGAAUGUGACUGAAAUUGUCUUCCCAAACACAAGGCAUAAAUUAUGUUUAUGGCAUAUCAUGAAGAAGGUGCCUGAGAAAUUUGGUUCACUUGGUGAAUAUGAAUCCAUCAAGCGAAUGUUGGCUGAAUCUGUUUAUAACUCCCAUAGUAUCGAAAAAUUUGAAAGUGGCAAGAAGAAAGUUAUGUUCACUAUGAUGUAUGAUGGACUUAACAUUGGGUGUUCUUGUUUGAAAUUUGAGUUUAGGGGUAUUUUGUGUAGGCAUGCUAUAACUGUCCUUUUGACAAACAAUGAGUAUUUACUUCCGGCACAUUACAUCUUCCCGCAGUGGAGGAAAGAUGUUAGAAGAUGUCAUUCUCGAGUGAAGAUAAGCUUUGAUGGGUGGACAACCACAAAUGAGCAAGUCCGGUAUGAUCAUAUGUUGAGUUCCUCAAUACCUAAUGAUCCAAUAAUCAAAAGAGGGAAAGGACGUCCAUGCACUGUGAUGAAGAAGAAGGUUUUUAUGAGGAAUUAUGGUGGUAACAUGAACAACGCAGUCGGAGGAUCUAGGUCUAAUGGAGGUCUAGGGUGUUGA